AUGGAAGAAGCAGCAGCGGUAACAAAGUACGAUGUGGUGAUAGUCGGUGCAGGAUUUUACGGCCUGGUGGCAGCACGAAAUUAUCUUCGCCUUCGUCCUCAAACGAAUCUUCUCAUAGUCGAUUCUAACAAGACGGUUGGUGGGGUAUGGUGCAAAGAAAGACUCUAUCCAAAUCUUAUCGCACAGGUACCAGAGGGGUUUUUCAAUUAUACGGACACUCCAAUGCCUCCUCAAACUGGAAUUUCCACAAAUGGUCUCAUCGCUGGCGAGACUAUUCAUGAAUAUCUCCAGACUUAUGCAGAGCAACAUGAUUUAUUGCAUCGAAUAUGCUUCUCUUCCCUUGUUGCUAGAGCAGAGCGCUGUUCCACAGGGUGGAAACUUCACUGCCAGACGAUGGAGAAAGUCGAAUGUCUGGAAACUACCAAGCUCAUUGUUGCCACAGGAAUCACUUCCAUGCCCAAGAUGCCCAGAUUUCGGGCACAGAGUGUCUCUAUCCCUAUUAUCCAUUCCAAAGACUUAGGGUCUUCAUCUAAGUCAUUGGAAAGUCCUGAUGUCAGAACUGUAGUCGUAGUUGGAGGCGCAAAAUCAGCGUAUGAUACAGUUUACUUACUUCUGUCUCUGGGGAAGAAAGUGAUCUGGAUUAUUCGUGCGGACGGUACAGGACCUCAUCCAUUGAUACCUCAAACAUUAUUUGGGUACUGGAGAAGCUUAGCUGUUUCCUCCACCAGGUUCAUGAGCUACGUCAGCCCCUCUAUACUAAAUGUUGAUGACCCGCUGCAAAGGAUGUUUCAAAGAACGAAUUUAGGGCUCUGGUGCACCAACAAGUUCUGGGAGGUACUCAACUACCUGAGUAUUCGCCACGCUGGUUAUUCUAAAGGUAAUCAUGUUUCUAUGCUGAAGCCGUAUAUCGAAGAUAAAAGUGUCUUCUGGGGGGAUUCUGGAGUUGGGCUUGUCACUUUACCUGAUUUUUGGGCGAAAAUUCACGAUGGAGAUGUUUCUGUACUGAUAGACAAAGUCAAGGCGAUCGAAGAAGACACUAUUCUACUCGAGUCUGGCACAAAAGUAGAGGCUGACUACAUUGUCAUGUGCACUGGCUGGGGCGACCAUUUCAAAAUGUUUGAUCAGACGACGAAGCUCGCACUUGGUCUGCCCUACUCUCUUGAUAGGGAUGGGUUGACCAAUACUCAAGAUUCUGCAGGCUUGCAAUGGGAAAAGUAUGAUGCCGAAGCUGACAUCUCUAUAAAUCGCCAGCUUCCUUUUUUGGCAAAUCCACCCAAGGUGGUAGAUUCGUUUGCCAAUCAAACAGUUCCAGGGAGGCUUUACCGGCGUGUGGUACCGCUAAAUUGCACUGAAAAUGAUGAUCGGUCCAUCAUAAUCUUAGGUCAAAUUCACACUGUGCAAACCCCACUGGUGGCAGACAUCCAGUCAUUUUGGGGAAUCCUUUACCUACUCGGAGAGAUCAAGUUGCCAAGUGAAGAGAUGAUGGUCAAAGAGAUUUCAGAGUGGAAUGCAUGGUCGCGAAAAAGAUAUUUGAAUCAGGGCCAGAAGACUCCGUACUCGCUUUUUGAUUUUUCUCCCAGUGAGUUGCAAUAA